GAUCUAUAUUUAGAGUUGAAGGUAUUAUUUAUAGAGUUUCAAGGCAUUUGAAUUUCUUAAUGAUGAGUGGAAGUAAAAAUAAUGUAGUUGAAUAAAAAAUAUUAGAUACUAUGCCUAUUACACUUGAACCUGCAAAGAUAUUCUACCCUGAUAUAUUAGAAAAUUUAAUUUCUAGAUAAAAAUCUCUUAAGCUUUUUAUGUGCGUCGUUUUUGGUUAUACAGGAGCCACUACAAGUGGAAAAAUGCCUUUAAGAGAAUUUACGGACUCUAUUGUUUCAACUGCUAAAUAUAUUAUGAAUUAGGUUAUUGAAUUUAUUAAUUCUAAUCAAAAAUGGGAUGCUAAGGUUAGUAAAAAAAGAAAUUUACAAUAUUAUAAAAAAAAUCAAUAAAAGGUUAUAUAUGGUGAUACUGAUAGUGUGUUUGUUAAUUUAAAAGGAAGAUCAAUGCAAGAAGCAGUAAAAAUAGGGAAAGAAAUAUCAAAAGAAUACACAGGUAACUAUAUUGAAAAUGAAGAUGAUCCUAUUAAAUUUGAAAGUAAAGGAAUGAUUGGUUUCAUAAUAUGA